AUUUAAAGUGCUUAUAAAUUGCGCAAAGGUUUUCAAAAUUUAGCGGCAGUUGGACUUAAAAUUUCUUCACAUGAAGAAUGCCGUUAAUUGUAAAAAUUAUUGCUUUAUUACUAUUAGUGGUGGCCCUUGCUGAAGCCUUAACAGUACCACAACUUUGUAGAAAAAGAGAUUUUGGCUAUAAACUGCAAGAUCCCGAAGAUUGUCAUAGUUUUUACGUGUGUCUGGGAAAUUGGGGUGAAUUUAAUUUGAAUUGUGCUUCUGGUUAUCGUUUUAACGAAACUCAACAGAAAUGCAUAAAAGGCAAAUGUCCACCAUGUCCCUGCUUAGGGGCUACUUAUGACAAUAGUUUUAUGGAUACUACGGGUUAUAUACCGGCAGUGCCAGUCGUAUUUCUACCAAAUCUUAAUAAUGAUUCUCAAGCUGUUGUAGCAGUUUUAACCGAGGCUGCCUUGAAAGAUGUUUAUUUGAAAUUCAAUAAUGGAAGUUUCGAUUCGUUAAUGCAAUUGAAUCAAUUAUUGAAUUCCUCUUAUUUGCAAAUUAGUAAUUUGGGACAGAAUCUGACAGCUAAUAAUAUGAAUAAUUCAAAUAGUGUUAAAGCCUAUAAUUCAGUUUCGGAAUCUUCUAAAGCAUCUGGCAAGAAAACUGUUAGCAAUAUUUCAAAGAGAUUACUAGGCAAAGCUACAAAAUUCGAAAUGCUAAGGGAAGAGCUUAACCAAAAACUUUUAGGUAAAUCUAACAACAUGGAAGUUAGAGAAGAAACUACUGAUGCGCCGAAUGAAACUACAACUGAAACGCCGAUUACAACUGAAGCUAACACAGAAUUAACUACUUCUAAUUAUGUAGAUUUUCCAAUGGGAAUUGCUGCUUUUAGCUCUAAAGAUGAAGAAACAACAAACUCUCCUAUAGAGACAACAACUGAACCGCCAGAGGAAACUACAACAGAAUUACCAACAUUAAUUUCAACUGAUGAAAUGGAAGAAAUUUCUUCAGAUUUAUCAACUGAAGCUAUGGAAUAUGUCGACUACGAGGAAGACUUAGUGGAAACUACCACAUAUUCACCAAGUGAAACCACCACUCAGUCAUCAAGUGAAAUUCCUACGAGUUUGCCAAUAGGCAUUGCAGUAUUUUCAGAUAUUAAUUUGUUAGUAGAAACAACUACAAUUGAAACUAAUACUCUGCCGUCAACUGGAAUUACCACCGAGUUGCCAGAGGAAAUCGCAAUGUUUGCUGAGAGCGUAUAUCUAGAAGAAACAACAACUGAAACUACUACCCAACCAUCAAGUGAAAUCACAACCACUGAGUUGCCAGUGAAAUUUGGAAUAUUAUCGGAUAGUGUUUUGCUAAUAGAAACAACAACAAUUCCACCUAGUGAAACUACUACUCAACCGUCAAGUGAAAUCACAACUGAGUUGCCAAUGGAAAUUGGACUAUUUGCUGAGAGCAUGUUUCUCGAAGAAACAACUACAACUGAUCCACCAAGAGAUUCUACAACUCAAACCCCAAGAGAAACUACCACCAUCCUACCAACGGAAAUCUCAACAUUGUCUGCUAUGGAAAUGACAUUAGAAACAACCGAUUCAUCUAUUGAAACUACUACCCAAGCAUCAAGCAUUAUAACCACUACUGCAGGAGAAAUACCAAAUGAUACCACCGUAGAAACGACAACUAUACAAGCAACUACAGAGUCCAGCCCAGAAAUAGCAAGUGAAACUAACGGAAAAUUAGAAGAGCAAACUACAGCAGACGCUAUCACUACGGAAACACCAACUGAAUCUACCACACAACUAUCUCCAGAAUCUACUACACAAAUCCCUUCUAUAAUUGAACCUAAUUUUCAGUUAACCGAAUCACCAAAUGAAAGUAGCACAGCAUCACCAAAUGAAAAUACCACCACCUUAGAAUCAGCAACUGAAACAACAAUAGAAACUUCCACAAAAUUAAGCAUAGAUUCAGAUUUUCCGGAAUUAUUACCACAAUUAGCCACCACAGCUUCAUCGGCAUCCACCACACUACUACCAGAGGAACCUGUUACAUAUACCACUGAAUUGACAACGACUAAAAACACAAACUCUCAAGAAUCAUUUACCAUCACUAAUAGAUCCCCUCAGAUAUAUACAGAAGCUACAUCUCCUCCAAACAUUGAAUCAACUCCUUUAUCAACUGCAACUACACCAGAAUCAACCACAAAUGUUGAACCAUCUACAACUACUGAAACUACAGUAGAGUCAACCACCAUAAAUGUUUUAGAACCCACUACAACCGAAGCUACAUCUCCCACGACUACGACUAGCAUAUCAGUGCAGAUGACAGAGAGCACGCAAACAAUUACAACAACAGAACCAACAACAACUAAAGAUACUACGCCAACGACUACAACAAAUACUUCACAAACAACUAAUGAAACAACACUAGAGUCACCAACAACAACAACAUUUACAGAACCAACUACUACAACAGAAUCAACGACAACUAAAGCUACUUCCCCCACCACAACAGUUAACACUUCCCAAUCAACUAUUGAAACCACACCGGAUUCAACUACAAAUACUGUGGAACCAACUACAGAAACGAUUCCAGUGUCAACUACAAAUACCGCUACGGAACCAACGACAGAAGGCACACAUACAACUAUUGCAACAGAAUCGACCACAACAUACGUUACAACCCCCACGACUACAGCAGAUACUUUACAGCCAACUGCGGAAACGACACCAGUAUCAACUACAAGAACUGUUACGGAACCAACAACAACUAAAGCUUCAUUCCCCACAACUACAGCAAUCACUUCACAAUCAACUAUUGAAACCACACCAGAGUCAACAACAAAUGCUUCUACAGAACCAACGACGGAAAGCACGCAAACAAUUAUUGCAACAGAAACAACCACAACAAUAGCUACAUCCCCAACGACUACAGCAAACGCCUCACAGCCAACUACAGAAACGACACAAGUGUCAACUACAAAAACUGCAACGGAACCAACUACAGAAGGUACACAAACAACUACUGCAACAGAAUCGACAACAACUAAAGCUACAUCCCCCACGACUACAGCAAACACCUCACAGCCAACUACAGAAACAAGUACAAAAAUUGCUACAGAAACGACACCAGUGACAACAACUAAAAGUGCUACGGAACCAACGACAGAAGGCACACAAACAACCACUGCAACAGAAUCGACAACAACCUCACAGCCAACUACAGAAACGACACAAGUGUCAACUACAAAAACUGCUACAGAAACGACACCAGUGUCAACUACUAAAAGUGCUACGGAACCAACGACAGAAGGCACGCAAACAGCUACUGCAACAGAACCAACGACAACUAAAAUUACAUCCAUUACAACUACAGCAAAUCCAUCGGAACCAAUCACCGAAAGCACACCAAAUCCUACACAAACAUCUACAACCACGGAUGCAAAUACAAAAAUUACAACAACAACUUCGGUAACAACUACUGUAGUUCCAAUUACGGCAACAACUACAACAACAGAAACUACUACAACGACUACUAGCUCAACUACAACAAAAACAACUACAACAACAACCACUACAACAACGACUGCUAGCACAACUACUACAUCAACCACUACUACAAAAACAACGACUACUAACACAACUACUACAUCAACAACAACAACUACUACUUGUAAAACAACCACAACUACAACAUGCACUACGAAACCACAAACUACAACCUGUAGGCAAACUACAACAACAUCCAGUAGUUCAAAAUAUUCACAAAAUAAAAUUCAAAACGUUUCCGGUAUAAACUCCAUAUGUGCAGAUCAUCCGGAUGGUUAUUUCGUUAAAGAUACCAAGCAAUGUAAUAAAUAUUAUACUUGCUACAAACAGAAAGCCUAUGCUCAACGUUGUCCUGGUCACUACUUAUUCGAUGAUAAAUUAAAAAUGUGCAAUUAUCCAGAAGCUGUCGAUUGUCAGCCAGAAUAUAAAGAACCAGUUGUCACUAAAAAGCGCAAAAAUAAAAAGACUUCAACGACAGUUUUAAAGAAGAAACAAUUGCCCUAUCAACCGACAACUACCGAAACAACAACAAAUAAAUCAUCAGAUAUCAAUUAUUUACUCAAUCUUAAGCCGGAAGAUUGCAAAACCCUAAAGAGUGGAUCAUUUGUGCGCGAUAGUAAGAAUUGUAAUAAAUACUAUGUUUGCUUAAACGGUAUCGCAGUUUCUCUAUAUUGUCCUCGUGGUCAGUACUUCGAUAUAGAGGGACUUGUUUGUAACUAUAAGGCUUUUGUGAAAAAUUGUCCACAAUAAUGUGAUUCGAGAUUGAAAUGAUAAUUACAUAAAUAAAUUAAAUAUUUGCAGUAAAA